AUGGAUCCCAAUAAUCAUUUUAACACUCAAAAUUCUGCUAAUUUUCCAUUUAACCAAAAUCCCAACAAUUUUCCAAAUCCCAACAAUUAUCAAAAUCCCAACUAUUAUCAAAAUCCAAAUCAAUUUUCCAACCAACAUCCUCAAAACAUACCUAAUUUUGGUUUUCCACCAAAUUUCAACCAGACAUCCUCUGUUCCAAAAUUUCAAACAUAUUAUGGAUCUAUGCCGAGAAAUCCAUCUCAAACACCCCCGUUUAAUGGUUAUGUGACAAUGGCGAAUGCAAAUUUUCCAAGUGGUGGUGUACCUGAAUUUCCCGAGUUUUCAACACAACUAACUAUUGGUGGCAUGAUUGUUUCUAAUGAAGUCGGUCCGAAUUCAGAGGAUUCAACUCCUAAGAGCAGGAAAACUCAGCAACCAGCAUGGAACACUGAACAAAAUUUGGUUCUAAUUAGUGGGUGGAUUAAAUUUGGAACAAGCAGUGUUGUCGGGAGAAACCAGAAAGGUGAAACAUAUUGGGGUAAAAUUGCUGAGUAUUGUAAUGAGCAUUGCUCAUUCGAUCCUCCGCGUGAUGGACCUGCAUGCCGAAACCGUUUUAAUUAUAUGAACAAAGUGUUGGGUAAAUGGAUUGGCGCUUAUGAUGGCGCUAAGCGUAUGCAAGGAAGUGGUUGGUCGGAGAAUGAUGUUUUGGCAAAAGCGCAGGAAUUAUAUGCAUGUGGGAAGAAUGUUAAAUUCACUUUAAUGGAAGAAUGGCACGCUCUCCGUGAUCAACCACGUUAUGGUAGUCAAGAAGGGAGGCAGCUAAAAAAAAAGGGUAAAAAGAAAAGCAAGGGAUAUGCCUCGGAGGUGGUGGACAAAGAAUGGGCUGAAUACAAAGAAUUCAAGACGAAAGAGCUUGAACGAUUGGACAACAUAGCGUUGAUGCAACAGCAGGCUAACAAUAUAGCCUUGGAGAAGACUAAAACCAAGAUAAUGAAGAUGUAUCUAAAGCUAACUUCCGAAGAGCAUCUAGAUGACCGGAAGAACCAACUGUUGAAAAAGUUGGAGGCAGAACUGUUUGAUAAUUAA